CGAAGGAAUAAAAGAAAGUAGAGCAACCAACGCAAGUUGAAAAUUAGUCUUUGUUUGAUCAAAAUAUUUCUUAGCUUCAAACGUUAUUGAAACCCCGAAAAAUGUGUGGACGAACUGCUUGUACAUUAGCACCUGAUGUGCUAUGCAAGGCAUGCUCCUACAAGAAAAAUAAGUCAGAUGAAUAUACUCAAGUAGAGUGGAGAAGUAGUAGCGAUGGAAAGGAAUAUAAUCAAGCAUUCAACUUUGUCCCAACAUUCUAUGGACCUGUAAUGAUUUCGAAGAGACAUUUGGAUGCCAAUGCACCUGUAGAGGAUAGAGUUAUACAACCAAUGAUGUGGGGAAUUAUACCACGGUGGCACAAGGGGUCUCCAACCAAGCACAAAAUGACAACAAACAACUGCCGUAUUGAAGGGCUUACUGAGAGUCGUCUUUACAAAGAUCCAUUGUUUAAGGGACAACGCUGUGCAGUGCUCUGUGAAGGAUUCUAUGAAUGGAAGCAACCAGAGAAUAAAGGAGGCAGUAAACAACCAUACAUCAUAUAUUUUCCUCAACCAGAAGGUAUAUCGAUUUUUGAACCGGAAACAUGGAAGGAUCGCCUUGGUGAGCUCUGGUCUAAAGAAAAUGGCUGGAAAGGGCCAAAACCGCUAACGUUUGCUGGUCUGUUUGACGUUUGGAAGUCUCCUGAAGACGGUAGCAUCAUUUACAGUUACAGUGUGAUAACUAUGGAUUCUUGUCCGGCGUUCUCGUGGAUACACGAGAGAAUGCCGGCGAUAUUGGAAACAGAAGACGACGUUAAUAGUUGGUUGGACUACACGCAUGUCCCUGCUCAAGAGGCUAUCUCCAAGUUAAAGGCAUCGACAAUAUUAACGUGUCAUCCUGUGUCCGCAGAUGUCAACUAUGCAAGAAAUGAGGGAAGUCAUCUGACGAAAGCGAUCGAUUUGAAUAAGCCUAAACCUCUCUCGGCUAGCGGGAAGUUUAUGGCCAACUGGUUGGGAAAAGCUAGUCCCGCUAAAAUAGACAAGAGUAGCUGUGUUAGUCCUCCAAAAGAGGGCGUUAAGCGUCAGUUAUCAAUAAAAGAUUCCGUUCAAGAUAUAUUGAUAGGAAAGUCUUUGCAGUUGUUCGGAAGUAUCUAUCGAGGCAAUCAGGCAAGUGAUGCCUGUUAUCCACCGAGGGCAUCGAAACAACUGAUAAAUGUUUAUGUAAUGCUAUCUCGUGAGAUGCUCGUAUUUAAUCGCCGUGGGCUACAAGGGUGCUAG